AUUCGGAAUUCGUUCUGUAAAAUCGGCUACUGUAUUAUUUGGAAUUUCGCAAAACGACCCUCGUCGGCAAGAAGUUGAUACAUCUUAUCCGAGGACCGGCAAGUCGGCGGCACCUAUCUUCGCGCCACUUAACGAGUACUCCUAGGACCCCAAAAAAUAAUAAUUAAAUGUUGAAUUUGGCAACUCAAGACCGUUGAUUUUUAACACGGAUUGGUCAUAAUGGAAUCAAGUAAAUUAUUGAAAAAAAUAAGAAAAAUUUGCCAAAGAAGAGACAAGGGACCAUCCCUGUCAUGUCCGAAUCUCGAGAAGUUUUAACGCUGAAGAUUAGAGCUAUUUUUUUCAUGCAUUAUCAAUCUUUAAUGGCUUCUAAACAAAUCAAUCAGAUGAUAAUAUUAUUAUAUAUUUAAAAACAAAGCUCUUAAUCCAAUUUCUUGCCUCCGUUUCCAUAUUUCAAUAUAUUAUUUUAUGCAAUUUCAAUAAGUUCAUCUCGAGAGCAAAAAAGAUUCUAACAAUAGCAGUUAACAGGCAGUAGCAAGAAAAUCCAAUUGCAGUCAUUUCUUGAUUUUGGCCAGUCGAGAAAAACUCAGGUUUCUUUUUCUUGUUGAUUUCUCAAUGAAAGGUGUAAUGGCCAUUCUAUUACAUUUCUUAUUGUCUUGGGUUGAUACUUCCCUAGCUUCCGAUGGUCUUCUUCUUUCUCCUAAAGGUGUUAACUAUGAAGUGGCUGCAUUAAUGGCAAUGAAGAAGGAAAUGAUUGAUGUGUUCAAGGUACUGGAUGGUUGGGAUAUAAACUCUGUUGACCCUUGUACUUGGAACAUGGUUGGUUGUUCUCCUGAAGGCUUUGUCAUUUCCCUUGAAAUGGCAAGCACUGGAUUAUCUGGGACCCUAUCACCGAGUAUUGGAAAUUUGAGUAAUCUGAAGACCUUGCUAUUGCAGAACAACCGGUUAACUGGUCCCAUACCAGAAGAGAUGGGGAAGCUUUUAGAGCUUCAGACUCUGGACCUUUCUGGUAACCAGUUUGCUGGAGAUAUACCGAGCUCUUUGGGUUUUCUGCCCCAUCUGAGUUACUUGAGGCUCAGUAGAAACAAAUUGUCGGGACAAAUUCCUAAACUUGUUGCCAAUCUUACUGGACUUUCUUUCCUGGAUUUGUCAUUUAACAAUCUCAGUGGCCCCACUCCAAAAAUACUAGCAAAAGGCUACAGCAUCACAGGGAAUAGUUUUCUUUGUUCUUCCUCACCUACACAAAUUUGCAUGGGUGUCUCGAACUUUGGGAAUGAGAUAGUUUCAUCUCAUAAAGCCAGCAAUCAUCACCAGUGGGUGCUUUCUGUCACUAUAGGUGUCAGUUGCACAUUCGUGAUUUCUGUAAUGCUGCUUUCUUGUUGGGUGCAUUGGUAUAGGUCUCGCCUGCUGUUUACAUCAUAUGUGCAGCAAGAUUAUGAGUUUGAUAUUGGCCAUUUGAAGAGGUUCUCAUUCCGUGAACUGCAACUUGCAACCUGCAACUUCAGCUCUAAAAAUAUCUUAGGUCAAGGAGGCUUUGGGGUGGUUUAUAAGGGAUGUCUUCCAAAUAAAACAUUUGUGGCAGUUAAAAGGUUAAAAGAUCCAAAUUAUACUGGAGAAGUGCAGUUUCAAACUGAAGUUGAAAUGAUUGGCUUGGCUUUGCAUCGGAACCUCUUACGACUGUAUGGCUUCUGUUUGACACCUGAUGAAAGAAUGCUUGUGUAUCCCUAUAUGCCAAAUGGCAGUGUUGCUGACCGCUUGAGAGCAGAGACUUGUCAAGAAAAACCAUCGUUGGAUUGGAAUAGACGCAUUCACGUUGCUGUAGGAGCUGCCCGUGGACUUCUAUACUUGCACGAACAGUGUAAUCCGAAAAUAAUACAUAGGGAUGUCAAAGCAGCAAAUAUUUUACUUGAUGAAAGUUUUGAAGCCGUAGUUGGAGACUUUGGUCUUGCAAAGUUGCUAGAUCGAACAGAUUCACAUGUCACUACAGCAGUGCGGGGUACUGUGGGACACAUUGCACCUGAGUAUCUUUCGACUGGGCAAUCCUCUGAAAAAACAGAUGUGUUUGGAUUUGGCAUUCUACUUUUGGAACUCAUAACAGGGCAAAAAGCAUUAGAUGCUGGAAAUGGACAGAUUCAAAAAGGAAUGCUUCUUGAUUGGGUUAGGACCUUGCAUGAAGAGAAAAGGUUGGAAGUCCUAGUGGAUAGGGAUCUAAAGGGAUGUUUCGAUGCAUCCGAGUUGGAAAAGGCAGUGGAGUUAGCUCUGCAGUGUACUCAGUCACAUCCUAUUCUGCGUCCGAAAAUGUCUGAAGUCUUGAAAGUCCUGGAAGGACUUGUUGGGCAGACAGGAAUAGAGGAUGUGUCUGAGGCAAGGCCUUGCAAUUUCUCAAGGCAUUACAGUGAUGUCAGAGAAGAAUCUUCAUUUAUCAUUGAAGCGAUGGAGCUUUCUGGACCUCGAUGAGCAAAUACAAGCUGCCAUUUUCUGAAUACAACUGUAAAAAUGAGUUUCAAAUUUAGAAGCCAUAUAUAUAUUUCAUACGGCAUUUCUUUUUAAUUGUGGAUAUCUAUUAGUAUAAGGUUGAUGGUUGUUGUUUUU